AUGGACGCGAUUAAGCAGACCUUUGCCAAGUGCAAGGAGCAGAAGCGGGCAGCCCUGGUGGCUUACAUCACCGCUGGUUACCCCACUGUCGAGGAGGCUGUUGAUAUUCUUCUUGGCUUGGAGAAUGGUGGUGCUGAUAUCAUUGAACUUGGAAUUCCCUUCACCGACCCCAUUGCCGACGGUCCAACUAUCCAAAAGGCCAACACCAAGGCUCUCGAGAAUGGCGUUACUGUCACAACGGUGCUGGAGCUUGUCCGCACUGCACGCCGCCGCGGUCUCAAGACUCCCCUGCUCCUGAUGGGCUACUACAACCCCGUGCUACGCUACGGAGAAGAGCGCAUGCUCAAGGACUGUAAGGAGGCUGGUGUGAACGGCUUUAUCAUGGUCGAUUUGCCUCCGGAAGAAGCCGUCCGCUUCCGUGACCUUUGCACCAACACUGGGCUGUCCUACGUCCCCCUCAUUGCUCCCGCAACAUCUGAUAAUCGCAUGAAGCUCCUCUGCAAAAUUGCAGACUCAUUUAUCUACGUCGUCUCGCGUAUGGGUGUCACAGGUGCUACCGGUACCCUCAGUGCGAACGUGCCCGAGCUUUUGAAGCGUGUCCACGAAUACUCUGGCAACGUCCCUGCCGCGCUUGGAUUCGGUGUCAGCACCCGAGAGCACUUCCUGACUGUUCAGGAACAGGCUGAGGGUGUCGUUAUCGGCAGUCAGAUCAUCACUCAGGUCGGCCAGGCCCCUGCUGGCCAGGCGGCUAAGUACGCUGAGGAUUACCUCUCGAGUGUCACCGGCCGUAAGCUGGAGCGUGACGCUCAGGGUGCCAUUACUCGUGAAAUUAACGUCGUCGAGGCUGUCUACAAGGCUCCCGUCGCGGCUCAGCCCACCAAGGUCAUCACUGAUGCUGACACUCCCUCCGGCCCUGGUCUUGCUGACCAGCUUGAAGCCCUGAAUGUCACCAAGGACCCUUUGGCCACACCUUCCCGCUUCGGCGAGUUCGGUGGUCAGUACGUUCCCGAGUCCCUGAUGGACUGCUUGGCCGAGCUUGAGCGUGGAUUCGACGAUGCUUGCAAGGACCCCAAAUUCUGGGAGGAGUUCCGUUCCUACUACCCCUACAUGGGCCGCCCCAGCAGCCUCCACCUUGCCCAACGUCUGACUGACCAUGUUGGCGGUGCCAACAUUUGGUUGAAGCGUGAGGAUCUCAACCACACCGGUUCCCACAAGAUCAACAACGCCCUCGGUCAGAUUCUGGUUGCCCGCCGAUUCGGCAAGACUCAAAUCAUUGCUGAGACUGGUGCCGGUCAGCACGGUGUUGCGACCGCCACUGUCUGUGCCAAGUUCGGCAUGAAGUGUACUGUCUACAUGGGUGCUGAGGAUGUUCGCCGCCAGGCCCUCAACGUGUUCCGCAUGAAGCUUCUUGGUGCCUCGGUUGUUGCUGUCGACGCUGGUAGUCGCACUCUGCGUGAUGCCGUCAACGAGGCUCUUCGUGCUUGGGUAGUUGAGCUCGACACUACGCACUACAUUAUUGGUUCCGCUAUUGGCCCUCACCCCUUCCCCACUAUUGUCCGUACCUUCCAGUCCGUCAUCGGUGACGAGACUAAGGUCCAAAUGCAGGAGCUUCUUGGCAAGCUCCCAGAUGCUGUUGUUGCUUGCGUUGGUGGUGGCAGCAACGCUGUCGGUAUGUUCUACCCCUUCUCCAAGGAUCCUAGCGUCAGGCUUGUCGGUGUUGAGGCUGGUGGUGACGGUAUUGAUACCGCCCGCCACUCCGCUACCCUGUCCGGUGGCACCAAGGGUGUUCUUCACGGUGUUCGUACCUACGUUCUCCAAAAUGAGCACGGCCAGAUCUCCGAGACCCACUCUAUCUCCGCCGGUUUGGACUACCCUGGUGUCGGUCCUGAGUUGAGUGCCUGGAAGGAUUCCGAUCGCGCCACAUUCAUUGCUGCCGAUGAUGCUCAAGCCAUGAGCGGCUUCCGCGCUCUUGCCCAGCACGAAGGUAUCAUUCCCGCCCUCGAGACCUCCCACGCCGUUUGGGGUGCCAUGCAACUUGCCAAGACGAUGAAGAAGGGCGAGAACAUCGUACUGAACCUCAGCGGCCGCGGUGACAAGGAUGUUCAGAGCGUCGCCGACGAGCUGCCAAGGCUGGGCCCAAAGAUCGGCUGGGAUCUGCGGUUCUAA